AUGGAUAUUAAGUAUACUACACUGUGUGGACAGCAAGAUCAUCUAAAACUGAAGAUGUUCAUUGAAAAUACAUUACAGUCUGAGCACUACAAUGAAGAGAGCUCUGUAGUUCUGAUCAUUACUUUCCCUUUGUUCUUUGCAGUGUGUGCUGGUACUGAGAACAAGCUGAGUUCUCUCUCGGAUCUGGAGCAGCAGUACCGAGCAUUGCGCAAGUAUUAUGAAAACUGCGAGGUAGUUAUGGGCAACCUGGAAAUCACCAGCAUUGAACACAACCGAGACCUGUCCUUCCUAAGGUCUAUCCGAGAAGUCACAGGAUAUGUCCUGGUGGCUUUGAAUCAGUUUGAGCACCUCCCACUGGAAAACCUACGCAUCAUUCGUGGGACAAAACUCUAUGAGGACCGUUAUGCUUUAGCCAUAUUUCUUAACUACAGAAAGGAUGGUAACUUCGGACUUAGGGAGCUCGGCCUUAAGAACUUGACUGAAAUACUGAAUGGAGGAGUAUACGUUGGCCAGAACAAAUUUCUUUGCUAUGCAGACACUAUUCAUUGGCAAGACAUUGUGCGUAACCCUUGGGCCUCCAACUUCACUUUGGUUCCAACAAAUGGCAGCUCAGAAUGUGGACGAUGUCACAAAUCCUGUACAGGCCGAUGCUGGGGACCCACAGAGAAUCACUGCCAGACCUUAACAAAGACAGUGUGUGCAGAGCAAUGUGAUGGACGAUGCUACGGGCCUUAUGUCAGUGACUGUUGCCAUCGGGAAUGUGCUGGAGGUUGUUCUGGACCUAAAGACACUGAUUGCUUUGCUUGCAUGAAUUUCAAUGACAGUGGAGCGUGUGUCACUCAGUGCCCCCAGACUUUUGUCUACAAUCCCACCACCUUCCAGCUGGAGCACAAUCAUAAUGCCAAGUAUACCUAUGGAGCUUUUUGUGUCAAAAAAUGUCCACAUAACUUUGUGGUGGAUUCCAGCUCCUGUGUACGUGCCUGUCCUAGCUCCAAAAUGGAGAUUGAAGAAAAUGGUAUUAAGAUGUGCAAACCCUGCACUGACAUUUGUCCUAAAGCGUGUGAUGGCAUUGGCACAGGGAGUUUGGUGUCAGCUCAGACUGUGGACUCCAGCAACAUUGACAAGUUCAUAAACUGCACCAAGAUCAAUGGAAACCUGAUUUUUCUUGUCACUGGGAUUCAUGGGGACCCAUAUCACACAAUUGCAGCAAUCGACCCAGAGAAAUUAAAUAUCUUCCAAACAGUGAGAGAGAUAACAGGUUACCUGAAUAUACAGUCAUGGCCUGAAAACAUGACAGAUUUCAGAGUGUUUUCUAACUUGGUUACCAUAGGUGGGAGAGCCCUUUACAGUGGCCUUUCCUUACUUAUCCUCAAGCAACAGGGGAUUACUUCUCUACAGUUCCAGUCCUUGAAGCAGAUCAGUGCAGGCAACAUCUACAUAACUGACAACAGUAAUCUGUGUUACUACCAUACAGUCAACUGGAGCAGCCUUUUCAGCACACCCAACCAAAAGACAGUGAUCCACCGAAAUAAAAAGGCUGAGAACUGCACUGCAGAUGGAAUGGUGUGUAACAAAUUAUGCUCCAGUGAUGGCUGUUGGGGACCAGGACCAGACCAGUGCCUCUCCUGCAAGCGUUUCAUCAGAGGAAGGACCUGUAUAGAGUCUUGUAACCUUUAUGAUGGUGAAUUUCGAGAGUUUGCGAAUGGUUCUGUCUGCAUGGAAUGUGAUCCCCAGUGUGAGAAGAUGGAAGACAACAUGAUCACGUGCUAUGGACCAGGGCCAGACCAUUGCACCAAGUGUUUCCAUUUUAAGGAUGGGCCAAACUGUGUAGAAAAGUGCCCUGAUGGUUUGCAGGGAGCAAACAGCUUCAUUUUCAAAUAUGCUGACGAGGACCGUGAAUGCCAUCCUUGUCAUCCGAACUGUACCCAAGGGUGCAUAGGUCCACGUAUUGAGGACUGCAUCGGCCUGAUGGAUAGGUGUAGAGGUCCCGCUAGUCAUGACUGCAUUUACUAUCCAUGGACACGCCAGUCCACUUUACCACAAUAUGCUAGAACCCCCCUGAUUGCUGCAGGAGUGAUUGGUGGACUCUUCAUCAUCGUUAUUGUGGGCCUGACGUUUGCUGUUUAUGUUCGGCGCAAGAGCAUUAAGAAAAAGAGGGCCCUACGAAGGUUUCUGGAAACUGAGCUAGUGGAACCCUUGACACCAAGUGGUACUGCACCAAACCAAGCACAACUUCGUAUUCUGAAGGAAACAGAGCUAAAGCGAGUCAAGGUCCUUGGCUCUGGAGCCUUUGGAACUGUGUAUAAGGGCAUUUGGGUCCCUGAAGGAGAAACUGUAAAGAUUCCUGUGGCUAUUAAGAUUCUUAAUGAGACUACAGGCCCCAAGGCCAAUGUGGAGUUCAUGGAUGAAGCUCUUAUUAUGGCAAGCAUGGAUCAUCCACACCUGGUACGACUCUUGGGGGUCUGCUUGAGCCCUACCAUUCAGCUGGUCACUCAACUGAUGCCUCAUGGCUGUUUGUUGGACUAUGUUCAUGAACAUAAGGAUAACAUUGGCUCCCAGCUCCUGCUAAACUGGUGUGUCCAAAUAGCUAAGGGAAUGAUGUACCUGGAAGAGAGGAGACUGGUUCACCGAGAUCUGGCAGCCCGGAACGUCUUGGUGAAAUCACCAAACCACGUGAAGAUCACUGAUUUUGGCCUGGCCAGGCUCCUAGAAGGGGAUGAAAAGGAAUAUAAUGCUGAUGGUGGAAAGAUGCCAAUUAAGUGGAUGGCUCUGGAGUGUAUACACUACAGGAAAUUCACCCAUCAAAGUGAUGUUUGGAGCUAUGGAGUUACUAUCUGGGAGCUUAUGACUUUUGGUGGAAAGCCCUAUGAUGGAAUCCCAACACGGGAAAUUCCUGACCUGUUGGAGAAAGGGGAAAGGUUGCCUCAGCCUCCCAUCUGCACCAUUGAUGUUUACAUGGUGAUGGUGAAAUGCUGGAUGAUUGAUGCUGACAGUCGGCCUAAGUUCAAGGAGCUGGCUGCUGAAUUUUCAAGAAUGGCUCGAGACCCUCAAAGAUACCUGGUUAUUCAGGGUGAUGAUCGUAUGAAGCUUCCAAGCCCUAAUGACAGCAAAUUCUUCCAAAAUCUACUGGAUGAGGAGGACCUGGAAGAUAUGAUGGAUGCUGAAGAAUAUCUUGUUCCACAAGCGUUUAACAUCCCUCCUCCCAUCUACACUUCCAGGGCAAGAAUUGACUCCAACAGGCAGCCUUCCAGCAGCAUUCCUGGAGCACUGGAGCUGCUAUGCAAAAGAGCAGGGCGUGGGAAUGCUGGACCAUGCCCAGGGAUGAAGCAGAGUGAAAUUGGACACAGCCCUCCUCCUGCGUACACCCCUAUGUCAGGAAACCAGUUUUUGUAUAGAGAUGGCGGCUUCACUGCUGAACAGGGAGUGCCUCUGCCAUACAGACCCACUGGCUGCAUAGUACCAGAGGCCCCAGUUAUCCAAGGAGCUGCAGCAGAGAUCUUUGAUGACACUUGCUGUAAUGGCACACUGCGGAAGCAGGUGGCUACCCUUGCACAAGAGGACAGCAGCACUCAGAGGUAUAGCGCUGACCCAACAGUAUUUGUACCUGAGCGGGGUCCACGGAGUGAGUUAGAUGAAGAUGGAUACAUGACUCCAAUGCGUGACAAGCCCAAAACAGAUUAUUUGAACCCAGUAGAGGAGAAUCCAUUUGUCUCCCGCCGGAAGAACGGUGAUCUCCAAGCUCUGGACAACCCAGAGUAUCACAAUGCUCCAAAUGGGCAAUCCAAAGCAGAGGAUGAAUAUGUGAAUGAGCCAUUGUACCUCAACACCUUUGCUAACACUUUGGAAAAUGCCGAGUACCUGAAGAACAAUGGGCUUCCUUUGCCGGAGAAAUCCAAGAAGGCCUUUGACAACCCGGAUUACUGGAAUCACAGCCUGCCACCACGAAGCACCCUCCAGCACCCGGACUACCUGCAGGAGUACAGCACAAAAUACUUUUACAAACAAAAUGGACGGAUCCGGCCCAUCGUGGCAGAGAACCCUGAAUACCUCUCUGAGUUCUCCCUGAAGCCUGGCACUGUGCUGCCCCCACCACCCUACAGACACCGAAACACAGUGGUGUAGUAACAACAGUAUUACAGAAGUGGAGAGGCAACCCCUUUUUAGCAGCCUCUCUUUCUUUCUCUCUCUCUCUCUCCCUUCCUUUUUCCUGUGAGCUUCCUCUUCUUGCCAGUUCACUCACUUUGAUAUUUCCAAGUGGAAGGAAUACCUUUAAGUCAUCUGCCGAUUGGGUUGGGAACCCAGAAGGAAAGAAAGAAAGAGAACGAAAGGAGGACAAAAUCUGGCAUUUCUCGCUUUCCACAGACCCAGAGGGUCAGAAGGUCAGACAAGCCAGAGAAUACCAGUAAAGGCCAGUGGCAGUGUUGCCUGCUGUCAAGCUAAUUCUCAGUGAUUCAACUUGGAAGC